ACAUAAAAUCUGCCAUUUUGCGGCAUAUUCCGUUUCCAUUCCGUUUCCCCUCUAACAAAGAACUAUUCCUUGGUUUUGUGCAGACACAGACAGUCGGCCAGUAAAAAAAAUAAAACAGUCAAGGAUAGGAUUGGCUUGUACGCUCGCCGAGUUUUUGUUCCAAGCUUUUAUUACUUCUUGCACAAUUUUAAAAAUAAAAACAAUUUAAAAAAUAAAUUAUAUUAUAUCCGAAGAACGAACUGCUGUCAAAGAUAUUUAAUUGUUAUUCAUUUUGACUAGUUCCGCGUGUUCAUUAAAACAAUCGAAUCGACGAACAAGAUUAUUUUUUUCUGUCCCCAGCUCUGAGGGUCAACGUUCUAUGUUAGAGGGUUCAUUUAAUUCAGAUUCAGCUUUAGCUUUAGCUUCAGCGCAGAAAACAUGCCAAAAUUGAAAUAACAUCGGAGCGAAAUGACUGUAUUCGAAGCUUUAAUUAUUUCUAUAAACUAAGAGAAAUAGUUUGAAAAACAUUAUAAAUAACAUCAAAUCUACAUACAUAUAUUUGCAUUCAAAAAAACACACACACCAGUUGGAAAUGGCUACUUCUCCAACGCCAUCACUUGAUUCUAUAAGGGGAACAAAUUCAAUCGAAUCAUACGGUGAUCAUAAUGGUUAUUUGUCAGACUCGCCAUUAACCUUAAGCGGUUCUUCGCCACCAGUAAGUGACUCUGCAAUUUGUGACGAUUACAGCGGAGCAACAAGCAGUAUUGAUUCCCAACACCAAACAUCAUCCGCAUCAUCAUCGGCGUCAUCGACUUCGUCAAGCAGUGGUUUAAAUUGCGGAGGAACAGUUUCUGGCCUGUCGACAAUUCAAAGUAUUGACGAACACGCUAGCGACAAGGAGAACACAGUCCAAUGCAAUGGCAUCAUCACAAGAAAUCUUGUAAGCAUUAGUUUUCCUAAUGGUUCUGCAGUCCCACGUUGUACUGCAUGCAAAAGUAAACAAUCAGACGCAGUAGCAAAAUGUUUCGAAUGUGCUAAUUUCCUUUGCUCAAAUUGUGUAACUGCGCAUGAAUUUAUGCAUUGUUUCAAUGGACAUAAUGUUUGUUUGAUUGAAAAUCCAUCAAUUUCAAACUCAUUGAACAGUAAUUCUGGACUAUCAAGCAUAAACGAAUUUAAAUUCGGCAACUCUAUUUCGAAUAUAUUCCAAUCACAGUCGAAUAGAUCGAAUUCGUCAUUGUCAAAAAUAAUUAACGGUGUUUUUGAAAACAACACAGGAGUCUCAUCUCAGAAUCAUUGCUUCAAUUGUAAAGACGAACUUAUGACGAAGCUCUCUACAACCAACAGUAUAUCAAAUCGCGACGACGUCAAUUUACUUGCAUCACAAUUGAUACCCUCCACCUCAAUGACCAAAUCUAGUCAGUAUUUUUGUAAUCAACAUAAGAAUGAACUACUCAACUAUUUUUGUCGCACUUGUAGUGCACUAGUUUGCAAGGAUUGUGUUUCUAGCGAACAUUCAUCGGCAUUGCAUGAAGUCGAACACUCCCAAGAGUUUCUUCACAAACAACCCGAUUGUGUUAUUCAAGGAAUAGUAGCAGAACUACGUGGAAAAGUUGGUGAAAUCGUUACCGUUGUUAGUAACUCCGAUUUAAUUGUUAACCAGAUAAAAUCACAGUAUCAGAAGGCACACAGUGAAGUUAACGAAACAUACCAAUUCUUCUAUUCAAUGUUGGACGAAAGAAAACAAGAAAUCUUAAAAGAUCUCGAAAGUUUACACAAUGCAAAAAUGCUGACAAUUAAUUCAUGCGUAAAUCGAUCGAAAGAGGCAGUUGACAAGGCACUACAAGCAUGCGAUAGCAUUGAAAGGACACCUGUAAAGCCCAAUACCGUAAAAGAUGUUUUAGCUCUAAGAAAAACUGUUGAAUAUCAGUACCAAUCCGUUGUCCAAGACCUACAGGUACCAUUUGAACUUGAAUUUGUUUCCAACUAUCAGUCAAUUCAAGUUGGUGUUCGCAACAUUUUUGGCUAUAUACGUGCAACAAACGAAUCAACGACAACAAAACAACCACCUAUUGCAAGGCCAACACCAAGCAACACAAACCAAUCUUCAAUGAAUGGCUUAGCCAUAAAUAAUUCAAAUAAUAUGGCAGCUCUUCCCAUGAACUCGAAUAUAUUAGACAUUUCUUUUGUCAAUAACAGCGUAUCUGCUGCCUCUCAAAAUGCAAUCACUCAUUCCACCAACAGCUUCGAUUCUAAUGCCGUAUCGUCCAAACGCUUCAAUAACACCUUUCAAAGCAGCUUUGGCACUGAUCUAAAUAUGCAAUUGAAUCCAUACGAGAAAUGGAGCAAUGGAAGCUCUGAUACAAUUUUCACUGGUCUUUCGGAGCAAUACAUAUCGUCUUUGGGUAAAACCGCAUGCAAUAAUCUGGGUAAUAACAAUGUUAUGUCAGUUGGAAAUAACAACGUUGGUAGUCCAUCAUCUGAUAGCAUCAUGGAUUUGACUUCAAAACUCUUGUCCACCACAAUGUAUCCACCAAAAUCACAGAUCAAGAGACAAAAGAUGAUUUACCAUUGCAAAUUUGGAGAAUUUGGGGUUACAGAGGGACAAUUUACAGAACCAAGUGGAGUUGCUGUCAAUGCUCAAAAUGACAUAAUUGUUGCCGAUACAAACAAUCAUCGCAUCCAGAUAUUCGACAAGGAGGGCCGAUUCAAAUUCCAAUUCGGUGAAUGUGGCAAAAGAGACGGUCAACUAUUGUAUCCUAAUCGUGUGGCUGUUGUUAAAACAUCUGGAGACAUUAUCGUUACCGAACGUUCUCCAACACACCAAAUACAGAUUUACAAUCAAUAUGGACAAUUCGUGCGAAAGUUUGGUGCUAAUAUCUUGCAACAUCCCCGCGGCGUUACAGUGGAUAACAAGGGACGCAUUAUCGUGGUGGAAUGUAAAGUAAUGCGAGUCAUAAUAUUUGAUCAAAAUGGUAACGUUAUUCAAAAAUUCGGAUGCAGCAAGCAUUUGGAAUUUCCCAAUGGAGUUAUUGUAAAUGAUAAACAGGAAAUUUUUAUAAGUGACAAUCGGGCCCAUUGCGUUAAGGUAUUUAAUUACGAAGGUCAGUACUUGCGCCAGAUCGGAGGAGAAGGCGUAACUAACUAUCCGAUUGGAGUCGGAAUCAAUUCUAAUGGUGAAAUACUGAUAGCCGACAACCACAACAACUUUAACUUGACAAUAUUCACACAGGACGGUCAGUUGGUGUCAGCUCUCGAGUCAAAAGUAAAACACGCUCAGUGUUUCGACGUUGCUUUGAUGGACGACGGAAGUGUUGUCUUAGCUAGCAAGGACUAUCGCUUAUACAUUUAUCGCUAUGUUCAAGUACCACCGAUAGGCUUGUAAUGCAAAUGUAUUCGGUGCAUGUACAACACUUAUUUAUUAACUAUUUAAUUAUUAUUUUUUUAUUUAUACCUGUAUAUGUUUUCCUUGUUUAUUUUUUAUGAAUGUUCUUAUUUUUUUGUUUUUUUUUUUUAUGUAUUUAUUGUUUGUAUUUUUUUCGUUAUGUUAAUGUAGAUAUUUUAAAAGACAAUUGCAUUUAUAAUAUAUUUUUAUAUAUAAAAAAAAGAGAAACAAAAAAAAAACAAUUUAAUAUUUUAAUACUUUUUGUUAUUUAUUUAUAAAGUAAUAAACGAUAGUGUUUAAGAAGAACACGUGAAGUUAAUGAUAUAGUUUCUUUUUUAUUAUUAUUACGUACAUAUUAUUAAAUAUUGGCAAUCAGCAAAGACUAAUUGUGGACUAAAAUAAAAAUAUAUAUUGGUAACUGAUUAAACGUACAUAUUCCUCUUUACAUUAUAAUACUAAGUAGAUGUUAAUGAAUUUGUUGUCUUUUUUACCACAACAAUAAAAAAUAUAUCUAAUCAAAAAUUUAUUAAAAAACAAAAUGUUUUUUAAUUGAAAUAAAACAUUUGACAAUUUAAAAUUAAAUUUAAAAAAUUAAAAAACAUGUAAAUGGGAACAAAAUGUAUUAAACAAAAAAAAAAUUCAUUUAAAACUUAAUUUGCACAACAAUUGCACAAUAAUAAUAAACAUAAACAAAAGGAAAAAGAAAAAUAAAUUUAAAAUCGUAUUACUACUAUAGUAUUAUUUUUGCUGUAUGUAUGUUAUGUAUUGCAAGUAAUGCGUACUUUUCUUUUUAUUUUUUGAUAACUCAAUAUAUAUAUAUUUAUAUAUGAUAUAUAUAUAAGUCUUUGAUGAAGCUUAAUAUUACUUCUGCGUAUACAUAUAUUUUUAUAUAACAAACAAAAAACUAGAGUCUACAUUCUAUUACAAACUAAACUAUUUUUAUAUUAUCAAAAGUAUUGCUGACCAUGAUAUAAAUAAUAAGUAGCUAACUACUUUUUUACAUGAUUAUUAUUAAAAGAAGUAUAAUGAAGAUAAAAAUUAUUAAGUUGUAUCUGUUCUCGAAUUAGAUAAUAAGCUAUAUUGACGUCACAUUUUGUUUUUUAAGAUCUCAAAAAUAAAUAUUUUUUUUUCUGGAUUGAAAGAGCAUGAACAUGACAGACAUUCCGUAAUAUACAUAUACAUAUAUAUAUAUAAAUAAGAUAUAUAUUAUGUAUAUAACAGUUAAAUAUGUGUACUUAAGAUUGAAAAUAUAUAACAAAAAAAAAACUAUUUUUAUAAUAUUAUAUUUCAUGUUCUUGUGUUGCAUUUUGAAAAUUAUAAUGUUAUAAAUAAUACUGCUGUUUAGUUAUUAUUAUUCUUAUUAUUAUUAUUAAUACUAUUAUAUUAUAAUAUCUAUCCCAGCAUUUAUGUUGUUUUUUUAGUUUUAGUUUUGACCACUGCGAUUUUUGCUUUGCCAAUUAGCUUUUUGAAUAAAGCUUAAAUAGUGUCGUCUUAAUUAAAA